GGUGUGGCUGUGCAAGACGCAUGUGCGGCUGCAAUUAGCACUCCUACUCAAUCUUAUAUGUGCAAAACCUUUCUAUCCAGAUUUGGUGUGGGGGGAAGAAUCUAUGACCGAACAAUGGAUCCGGACAGAGUGAGUGAACCCAGGCCCGUUGGGCCGGUGUGUAAGGCUCCCCAACUCCCUUUAUAAACUCCCGGAAGUAAAGCCUGGUCGGCUCGCUCCAUAAUCCCAGCCAGAUUCACCGGUCAACAUCUGUGAUCUCUCGUCUCCUUCAAGCUGCUUGCACAAUUCAUCCCUCAACCAUCUCUGUUUGGGAGGGAAGUAUUAUUUGUCUAUAUAUAUAGUCUAAUAUGGAAAUUUAAAUUUUUUUUAUUUUCAAAACACUUGGUACAAUAAAUUUUUUCUAACCUAUUUUUCAAAAUAGAAUUAUUUUUUUCAAAUUUAUGGCGCUGUUACGCAUCUCUCGCGCUUGUCGUAGGUUUCAAACCUCUCAUCUCUCUGUUUCUCUCACUCAAUCCCUCUUCCACUCCAACCCUAACCCCAGCCCUAAUCAAUGUUUAAGCUUGUUUCAUAACUCUCCAACCAAUCCACUCAAACAAUCAGACCGACGAUGCAUUUCCAAUCUUGUUGAAGCGUUCAGAUUCAGGGACUUCAAUUCAAUCAGACUGGUUCAGAGCGCCGGCAUUUCAACGUCGCAUGGUAUAGCGGAGGAGGAGGAGAAGAAGAAUGGGGACCAUGAGGGCGAUCGCAGAGGUCCGAAGAGUGAAUUGUCCUGGAUUGAGUUGUAUCUGCCCAAGCAAGCUCAGCCCUAUGCACGCCUUGCUCGGUUGGAUAAGCCGAUCGGUACAUGGCUACUUGUCUGGCCCUGUAUGUGGUCGAUUACUUUGGCAGCAUCCCCUGGGAGCCUUCCUGAUAUUAAGAUGUUGAUGUUGUUCGGUUGUGGGGCUGUGCUCUUAAGAGGUGCUGGAUGUACUGUUAAUGAUCUCCUUGACCAGGAUAUUGAUACAAAGGUAGAACGUACCAGGAUGAGACCAGUUGCUAGUGGUGAUCUGACAACAUUUCAAGGGCUUUGUUUUCUUGGAUUUCAAUUACUUUUGGGCCUUGGGAUUCUUCUUCAACUGAAUAACUAUAGUCGCAUUUUAGGGGCUUCAUCCUUGCUGCUGGUUUUUUCUUAUCCCCUGAUGAAGAGGGUGACAUUUUGGCCUCAAGCCUACUUAGGUUUAACAUUUAACUGGGGAGCUUUACUGGGAUGGGCUGCGGUAAAAGGAAGUCUUGAUCCUGUUGUUGUGCUCCCAUUGUAUCUUUCUGGAGUGUUUUGGACGCUUGUGUAUGAUACAAUAUAUGCACAUCAGGAUAAAGAAGAUGACCUGAAAGUGGGUGUCAAGUCUACAGCCUUGAGGUUUGGGGAUUCAACAAAGGAGUGGGUUACAGGGUUUGGAAUAGCGUGCAUCAGUAGCCUUGCCCUUAGUGGAUUCAACGCUGAUAUUGGGUGGCCAUAUUAUACAUUUUUGGCAGCUGCAUCUGGUCAAUUAGCAUGGCAGAUUUGGACUGUUGAUUUAUCAUGUCGGGCUGAUUGCAAUAGAAAAUUUGUGUCCAAUAAGUGGUUUGGUGCUAUUAUAUUUAGCGGUAUUCUACUUGGAAGACUAUCAUCGUAGCGGGAAAGAAGGAUGCAAAAUCAGAUGAAUAGCAGGAGGGUUUUAGAGUGGUUUUGCCCUAAGUCGCACAAUUCUUCUUAACGGGUGCCGCUUUAAUGCUCCGCGUGCGAUUUUGCCACUUUCGUGCUCUGCUUCCGCUCUCGCUCCUAUUCUGUGAGGCUUAGGUUUUGACUGAGUUAUGAAUGAGACGACAAUUGCUUCUAUGAGAAUUUUGCAGCUGCUGUAGAAUGAGGUUGCAUAUCUGUAUCAGUAUACAAUUUGAGUGUACCGAAAUAAGAUUGGUACAGACUAUAGACGUCAUUUGUGUUGGAAUAAUAAUUCUCCAUCAUUUUAGAGUUUUUGUGUUUUUUUUUUUUUUUGGGUUACUUCACUUAUUAAGAUUAUGGAAUGAGGCAUAAAGAGGUUUGCCUAGUCGCUAAUUAUAUGCAUACAAAUAUAAGUCUAUAUUUCAAAUGUCCUCCCAAAAA